UCUUAUAAGAGUCCUGUAGAUUGUGAUCACUGUCCCCCUUAUAACUCAACACGUUCUUGGAAUUUUUGGGUCAUGACUUGACUAUGUGUAGAGUCUAACGUCAAUAAGGGUUUUAGAUUUCAUCUACUGCUCUAUUUCUUCCCUCUUUCUUCAAGAGCAAAAAAAAACUCAUUGUGUCUGAAACUCAUUUAUCUCUGUGUUUUCUACACUGAAAAUUAAAGUCCCCUGUUUUUGCUCUGUUUCUGUGAAAAAAAAUGGCGUCUAAUAACAGGAAGUUGCAACCAGGACAAGGCUGCACCUUCACGUUCUACUUGACAUACCCACCGCCACCACCUCCACCGCCGCCGCAGAGAGAUCUUUCUGUUAUAGUCUCCACCUCAAUCUGCAUAAUAGGCUCAGUCCUACUCUUCCUAUUCCUCAUCGUCUUCCUCUACCUCUACAUCACGAAGUCAUCACGACGGAGGAGCUCACCUUCUGCAGUGGCUCCCGUCGUCAGCACCAGACGAAGAGAGGAAGAGAACGAAGAAGAAGAAGCCGGAGGAGGAGAAAGAGAUCAUCAUCACUUCUGGAGCAUCGCAACGCUCGGUCUCCACCGCUCAGCGAUCGAUUCUAUAACAGUCGUCGUGUUCAAGAAGGGAGAAGGGGUCAUCGACGGCACGGACUGCUCCGUUUGCUUAAGCGAAUUCGAAGAGGGGGAAGGGGUUAGGCUGUUACCGAAGUGUAGCCACGCCUUCCACGUCAGCUGCAUCGACACGUGGCUGCUCUCUCACAAGAACUGUCCUUUGUGCCGCGCCCCUGUUUUCUCCACCGAGGUGCGUGGUAAAGAAACAGAGACGAGUCAUCAAACAGAGUCUGGAACAAGCGUUAGAGAAGAAGAGAGUUUGGGAUCGAGAAACGUUAAUGUUGUUCUUCCGAGGUCACAAAGUGAUUUGGCUAGCCAUUGUGGUGGCUCGGGAGGAAGAUUGGAGACUGUGAGAAGAUCGUUUUCCAUUGGAGGAAGCUCGUUGAUUAAAGCUCGGUUAGACCGGUUAAAUGGUGAUUACAGCAAAGCUUAAGUAAUAUAGUAUCUAGUGUGUCGUGUUAUCUGAACUAAACGGACUGUUUCGAUGUUUGUUAAGAUUAUAUAAUGAUUUUAAAUAAAGAGAAAUGGGCAAAAUAAAGUUAAAUUAAA